GAAAGUUAAUAUGGCGGCCGCCCACACUGCAGGUAUCGAUGGAAUAACAAAGGUUUUGGAGAGUAUAUGUCGAGAAAGACGAAGAGAAAAUCUUGAUAAAGAAAGUGAAGUCAAAAAUAGCUGUGUUCAGAAAAGACUCAAAAGUUCUUCCAAGCUUGGGUGACCCAGGAAUUGAUUGGGAAGAAUCUGUUUAUCUCAACCUGAUUUUGCAUCAAUUUGAAUACACACUGACCUGUGCAAUAUGUACAAAGCCUCAAGAGAAAGAAAUGAGAGUACUCAGUAGAAUAUCACAGAAGGUAUAUGCUUCACCGAAUCGAAGGAGAAUGGAUUCAAAAGGAAGUUCUGCUGAAAUUUCAUACCCUAACAUAUUUUUUAUUCUGGACAAUUUUGAAGAGACAUUCCGAGACUUUGCACUACAAGAAAAUGAGAUGGUUUGUGUGGAAUUGGUUGCUAAAGAUAAGACUGAAUCAGUGGAAGGAGUUAUCUUCCUAGGAUCAAUAAGAUAUGAAUCACUCAAAAAAGUUUAUGAUGGGCGAGCUAGUGUAGCCAGUAAGGUUGCUCGCAAAGUUUCAAUGGGUUGGUGGAAAGGUCCAGCUAACGUAGAGUUCAUCAAGAUGAAAGGUCCAGGUGGAAAAGGCCAUGCAGAGAUGGCAAUUACACAACACAGAGGACUGGAGGAGAGAAGUGGUUUAGAGGACUCUGAAAAUAGUGAAUGGAGAACAUGUGCUGAGUGUGGAAAUACAACUUUUUCCUCUUCAACUUUUUCCUCCUCGACAAACCACCAAGUGCCAGUUCAAGAUGAAAAAUGCUACAAUUGUGGUGUAGAGUCCAGAUGGACCACAGAUCUCGAUGGUGCAAAAUACGGUGAUACAAGUCAAGACAAAAAGAAAAAAGCAGGUCUAUUGUCAUCAUCUCAGCAAUGGGUGAAACUCAGAAAAAAAUCCCUUAACGGUGUUGCACUCUCUGCAUAUUUAACAUACGUGACACUACCAUGGAAUAAAAUUAUGAAAGAUAUUUUGGAAGUGAGGCAACCUCCUAUAUUAUCUUAGUAUUAAAUCAAAUAAAUCAGUCAUACGGUUUAUGUA